AUGUUGUGUCACAGCCACAAACUCCGAAUGCCACUGCUCCCCAUGCUUUUCACCAUCUUCCUCACUCUCCCUACCCUUUCGCUCUCCGUUUCGUGUCCCCUCAACUUCACCCUCAUCCGUUACAGACCCUCCUCGGAUUCGGCCAAACGGUGCAAUUACAUCCUCCAAGCCCUUCGUACUCUUCAAUCCGAUUACCUCCACCGCACCGGUUUCUUUUCCCCUCCUUCCAACACUCACUUCUUCUGCUGGAACGCUCUCCAAUCUUCCACCCAACAAUAUGAUAUUCGCUCCUCCUGCAACCUCCCUUCCUUUUCCAUCUCCCUCUCCUGCAACAACAUCACCAACCGAUCCCAAUUCCAGGACUCUCUUUCUCCCUCUGCUCUUAAGUCCGUGUGGAAUGCUUGUAACCAAUCUCUCAGCAGUGUUGUAGCUUGUGCUCUCUGCACCAAAGCUUUGUCCAACUUGGAUUCCCACCUCACGGACAAUACCGCUGAUUGUAAGGCUGUUGCUUCUGUCUAUGCUGCUUCCUUCUCCGAUCUACAAGACCCCGAAUCUGCUAAGUGUUUGUUCAACGAUGGGUUAUCUUCCUCGGGUUCAACUGGUAAGCGUCGAACCAUUCUUAUUGUGGUUUUUUGUGUGUUGGCCUUCUUCUUGUUGGUCUUUGGUGUUUUUCGGGCUUACGUUAGAAUGAAGCAGAAGAAGAAUGUUGGUAAAAUUGUGAUGGCUUUGGGUUUGGGCUCUGGGUUGGAUUCUAUGAACCAGAGUACUACUUUGAUUAGGUUCACUUUUGAUGAGAUUAAAAAUGCUACUAGGAAUUUCGCUGGUGAUAACAUAAUUGGGAAGGGGGGUUAUGGGAAUGUUUAUAGAGGGAUUCUGUUUGAUGGGACUCAUGUUGCGUUGAAAAGGUUUAAAAAUUGUUCAGUUUCUGGCGAUGCUAGCUUCACUCAUGAAGUUGAGGUUAUUGCGAGCGUUAGGCAUGUGAACCUUGUUGCCUUGAGAGGGUAUUGUACUGCUACAACUAAUUUAGAGGGUCACCAGAGGAUUAUUGUCACUGAGUUGAUGGAGAAUGGGAGUGUUUAUGAUCAUUUAUUUGGUUCUGCUAAGCACAAACUCAGUUGGCCAAUUCGUCAAAAGAUUGCUUUAGGCACUGCAAGGGGGUUGGCUUAUUUGCACUAUGGGGCUCAACCUUCCAUCAUUCAUAGGGAUAUUAAGGCUAGUAACAUACUUCUGGACCACAAGUUUGAAGCCAAGGUAGCGGAUUUUGGGUUAGCAAAGUUCAACCCUGAGGGAAUGACGCAUAUGAGCACUAGAGUGGCUGGAACUAAGGGGUAUGUUGCACCUGAGUAUGCUUUGUAUGGACAGUUGACAGAGAGAAGUGAUGUGUUCAGUUUUGGGGUUGUGCUUCUUGAGCUUUUGAGUGGGAAAAGGGCUCUUCAAAUGGACAAUGAUGGGCAACCCUCUGCACUCACUGACUUUGCUUGGUCAUUGGUUAGGAAUGGUAAAGCUCUUGACGUAAUUGAAGAUGGUAUCCCAGAACUUGGUCCAAUAGAAAUUCUUGAGAAGUAUGUGUUGGUUGCUGUACUAUGUUGUCAUCCACAACUAUAUGCUAGGCCAACAAUGGACCAGGUUGUUAAAAUGCUAGAUACAGAGGAAUCAGUGUCCUCAUUAAUAAAACAACCAAUCUCUUGUAUUGCCGGGAGGAUUGAUACUGAGAAAUCUGAGUAG